AUUUCAUAGCCGAGCAGCUGUGUGAAGACCACACACAGCUACACACGAUAAAAUAAGAAAUAACUGGUGAAUUAUUGCUUCAAAAUAGCUGCCCCAAACCUGAACGAAGCGAGCCACCUUGGUGGCAUGCAGCUGGUGGGCUUGGUACCUUGCGCGCUGCAAUGCUGGCACGGGCCAAAGGCGCCAAAGCAGUCCACUGCAACGAGUGGAGCGCGGGCCACUCCUUAUGCACAGCCAACCACACUUAAUGGCAACACUAACAAUAACACCAGCAUUAAUACAACAAAUGCCAGCAAGCAAACGAUAUGCGCGCAGUGCCACGAAAAGCAACAACAACAACAGCGUGCAGUUUUGCAUGCGCAGGCGCACUACCAGCCGCAAGCGCCGACACUUCAGGUGCAGCCACAACAACAACAACAGGUGCACAUGCAUUCAUCAUGUCAACCAAUUAAUUGCGUUGCGACGCUAGCUGCACCAAAUCCCCAUACUAACUGUUUUGGCGGACACUGUGCUGCCACAACAGUAGGCAACAACACUGCGAUGCCAACGGCUAUGCUUACUAUGCCCACUUCGUUUACAGUGCCACCCCCGCCAACACCGCCACAGCCACCAACAAUGUUAAACGCGGCGCAACUACCGAUGAAUGCGUUUAUGCCAAGCAAUAUCACAGCAUCGCAGCCCGUAACCACAGCUACAGCAACGGCCACUUCAGCGCAAACGCCACACUACGCUUCCGCAAAUUGGUUAUGUGACAGCUACUCCACCAACAUCACCGGUGCGCCUGUUACCACGUCCGCUUCAAUGCUGACGAGCAUGUGCCCCGCUGCAGCGUCUAAUUCGAAUGCGUCAAUGAAUAAUCAAAUGUUUUUAUUACCGAUUAGUUGUCAGCUGCCAAACGUUAUGCAGCUACCGACAAUGGCACCAACGGUGGCGCCCCUAGCUAAUUCAUCGGUUGGAUUGCCUCCUUUAGUAUCGGCUGCGCCGACAUCAGCAGCAGGCUGUGCUGGCUCAGCACCUGCGGCGUCAAUUCAUAUGCCACACACAUGUCCGCAUAUGCAAAGCCCUGUCAGCAGUAAUGCAAUGCCAGCUGCACAUUUACCUCACGCUAAUUCUGCAGUCCCACGCAUGCGCCCCCUUAGCGCCCCCAAAAUAAAAGGCUUGACUGGCGUCUUCGCGGAGCGUUUGAGAAGAAUGAAGCGCAAAGUGUUACCGCUGAAGAAAAUUGCAGCUGCCGCCAUUUCGACCUAUCAAAAGAAUGGAAAAUUGCCCACAAACAUUCCGCUACUCGAAACAUCGUUACGCAACAACAAUUGGGGUGAAAUGCUGUCAGCGCCAACGGACGACGGUGUUGGCGGUGAUGUGGACGAAGCGAGCAACGAGCCAACUGAGGUGAAAAGUGAGUAUGCCAUGUAA